GCAUGAAUGAAAAAGCCUCUGGUACCUUCUAGUCUGGCAAAAUGCAGCACAAAACUCAACUUACUCUGUCUUUUCUGCUGUCCCAGGUUCUGCUGCUUGCAUGUGCAGAAGAUUUAGAAUGUGUCCCUGGAUUCCAGCAGAAGGUUUUUUAUAUAGAAAAGCCAUUUGAAUUCAGAGAGGACCGGCUGAUUCUGAACCUGAAAUUUGAUGACUGCCAGGGGAACAACAAAUUGAACUUUGAAGUUUCUAACCCAGACUUUAGAGUGGAACUCGAUGGGAAUUUGGUUGCACUCAAGAAUGUAUCAGAAGUUGGCAAAGCCCUGUUUGUGCACGCGCGGUCGGAGCACGCCGAGGAUAUGGCAGAAAUCUUUAUUCUUGAAGCCAAUGAAAAACGUGGUGCAUUAAAGGAAAUCUUAAAACUAGAAGGCAGCCUUGGAAUUCCAAGACAAAAAAGGGCUAUUUUGGCAACUCCAAUACUAAUUCCUGAAAAUCAAAGACCUCCAUUCCCCAGAUUAGUUGGCAAGGUCAUCAGAAGUGAAGGGACAGAGGGAGUGAAGUUUCGCCUCUCUGGGAAGGGAGUGGAUCAAGACCCAAAAGGAAUUUUUAGAAUCAAUGAGAUGAACGGGGACGUCUCGGUGACCCGAACCCUCGAUCGAGAAGCGAUUGCCAAUUACGAGCUGGAGGUGGAGGUGGUGGAUAUGAACGGGAAGACCUUGGACGGGCCGGUGCGCUUGGACGUCUUGGUCAUCGACCAGAACGACAACAGGCCCAUGUUCAAGGAGGGCCCCUACGUUGGGCACGUCAUGGAGGGAUCUGCCACAGGAACCACGGUGAUGCGCAUGGCGGCGUUCGACGCCGACGACGCCGGCACGGACAACGCCCUGCUGCGCUACAACAUCCUCAGGCAGACCCCCACCAAACCCUCCCCAAACAUGUUCUACAUCGACCCUGAGAAGGGAGACAUCGUCACCGUGGUGUCCCCUGCGCUGCUGGACCGAGAGACCAUGGAAAGCCCAAAGUAUGAGCUGGUGAUAGAAGCCAAGGACAUGGGUGGGAUGGAUGUGGGACUGACAGGCACAGCCACUGCCACCAUUCUCAUUGACGACAAAAAUGACCACGCGCCAGAAUUCACCAAGAAGGAGUUCCAGGCCACAGUGAAGGAGGGGGUCACAGGUGUGAUAGUGAAUUUAACCGUGGGUGACCGGGACGACCCCGCCACGGGGGCAUGGAGAGCUGUCUACUCCAUCAUCAAUGGGAACCCAGGGCAGAGCUUUGAGAUCCACACCAACCCCCAGACUAAUGAGGGAAUGCUCUCUGUUGUCAAGCCUCUAGACUAUGAGAUUUCAGCCUUCCACACGCUGCUGAUCAAAGUGGAGAACGAAGACCCGCUGAUCCCAGACAUCACCUACGGGCCCAGCUCCACAGCCACGGUGCAGAUCACCGUGGAGGACGUCAACGAGGGCCCUGUGUUCCACCCCAACCCCAUGGCAGUGACCAAGCAGGAGAACAUCCCCGUGGGCAGCGUGGUGCUCACGGUGAACGCCACCGACCCCGACACGCUGCAGCACCAGACCAUCAGGUAUUCAGUGUACAAGGACCCAGCAGGGUGGCUGGAAAUCAACCCCACCAACGGCACCGUUGGCACCACGGCAGUGCUGGACAGGGAAUCUCCCUUCGUGCACAACAACGUCUACACUGCUCUGUUCCUGGCCAUCGACAGUGGUAACCCUCCUGCUACGGGCACAGGAACUUUGCACAUCACCUUGGAGGAUGUCAAUGACAAUGUCCCAUCCCUUUAUCCAACGCUGGCAAAAGUCUGUGAUGAUGCAAAAGAUCUCAGGGUAGUGGUUCUAGGAGCAUCAGACAAAGACCUUCAUCCCAACACAGAUCCAUUCAAAUUUGAGCUCAGCAAGCAAUCCGGCCCAGAAAAGUUGUGGAGAAUCAACAGGCUUAACAAUACCCAUGCCCAGGUCAUCCUGCUGCAGAACCUGAAAAAGGCCAAUUACAACAUCCCCAUCUCAGUGACAGAUUCUGGGAAACCUCCUCUGACCAACACCACAGAACUGAGGUUACAAGUGUGUACCUGCAAGAAAUCCAAAAUGGACUGCAGUGCAAGUGAUGCUCUCCACAUCAGCCUGACCCUAAUCCUCCUUUCACUCCUCAGUUUAUUUUGUCUGUAAGAAUUCUGCCAUUUGAAGCUGUCCUACAGAGUUGCCAUGGCAACGAGAAGAAAGGAAAAAAACCCCAUCAGCCCUGAAGAUUGCAGUUUACAAGGACUGUUCUUCACUCCUCGGCCUCAGUUGCUCCAGUUUAGUUUGCAAUCUCACUCAAUCUGUCCAACUGUACCUUGGUGUUCGACAGCCUCCGCCCCUCCGCCCUUUGGCCCUGGAUUCCUCCUGCAGGACACAAGGUUUACUCAAAAUUUACUCUGAAUGUUAACAGACCAUGACAUCCAAACCCCCACCCACCUUGGGGUGAGCAGAAAAAAAAGAAAAAAAAAAAAA